CAAUCAUUCUUCUUCUUCCUCUCUCAUUGAAGCUCUUACUCCCCAAGUACUCCAUAAUCUUCUUUUCCAGUUAAACCCUAGCUAACCCUCAGCUCUAAGUGUGAAAAGAGGAACUGAUUAUUGGAGUGAAGAUGGUGAUGGGUCAGCCAUUUAGUGGCAACAUGAAGAAAGCUCUUGCUGGCAUAAAACGUAUCAAUUUGGAAGGUCUGAGAUGGAGAGUGUUUGAUGCCAAAGGCCAGGUCCUGGGAAGGCUAGCAUCACAGAUAUCAACCGUGAUUCAAGGCAAAGAUAAACCAACAUACGCACCUAACCGCGAAGAAGGUGAUAUGUGCAUUGUGCUCAAUGCAAAGGACAUUUGUGUCACUGGGAGAAAACUCACGGAUAAGUUCUAUCGAUGGCACACUGGUUACAUAGGCCACCUCAAGGAGAGGAGUCUGAAAGACCAGAUGGCUAAAGAUCCAACAGAAGUUAUUCGCAAAGCUGUCCUGCGAAUGCUGCCAAGAAAUAAGUUGCGUGAUGAUAGAGAUCGGAAAUUGAGGAUUUUUACCAAUGAUGAGCACCCUUUUGCUGACAGACCUCUAGAGCCGUAUGUGAUGCCUCCUAGACAAGUUCGUGAGCUGCGCCCUCGUACAAGACGAGCCAUGAUUCGAGCUGAAAAGAAAGCUGAACAACAGCAACAAGGUACAAACAAUACAAGUAAAAGAAAAAAGAACAAGGAUGUGGAAGAAGAAGCAGUGAGCACAUGAAACAUAUGAAAUUUCGAGUUUGGGCUCUAUUUUCCAGCCAUAACGCGAUCUUGGCGUGGCUUCCGAGAUGAUUGAAAAUUUUCUAGUACCAUAUUAUGAGCUUGGAAUUUUUUUUUCUGGUUAGUUUGUUUACAUGUAUUUGUCUUUCACUUCUGGCUGAUGUUAUAUUUGCCUGGAAGAUGAACCAGGAUAGAUGAUACACUUGAGCAUUGUUAUUUCCAUAUGAUGCACCAAUAAUCCCUUCUUUCUAAGCUCUAGUUAGUAGUUAGUUCAUAUAUAACUACUAUAUAGUUAGUAGAGAAUGUUUAAACUAAUUAUAUGUAUUCAAUAUUGACAAUUCUUGUUUCCUUAGUCAA